CAUUUGUGUGUUCUAAUGAUGGGCUAACAGACAGUUUGUCAGCUUACAGCAAUUUUGUUGGCUGAACCAAGCGUUUGGAGCGACUCUCAUGAUUGUAAAAUACCCGCUACACUAAACACUAUACGAUCUGUCCUUGCUAGUUUCCUAUACGUAUAAUGGAGCUUUAGUGCAGACUAGAGGCCCAGCCACCUCCUGGGCAUCCGGAGCAUUGCCUGUCCAUCUCAGUCCCGCACGAGAAGAGACCGCCCAGCUGCUGCGAUGCGUUCCUUUUGGCAGCAGUGCGGAGGGAAGGGUCAAGGCACGCAUUACACAAUGGGGUUGCAGGCGCGAGGAGGCACCGCGGCGAGAGCAGGAAGCACGCCGCGACCGCUUGCUGUUUCUGUACGCGAGGCCGAGGUGGAGGGGCGAUCAUUGGGAGGCGCAGCGCGCGCCUGCUGCUGCUGCUGCUGCUGCUGGCAGGAUCGGCAGCGAGGCGCGAGGAGGGGGCAGCCGGCAGCGGACCCGAAAACCCAAAUACGGGGCCACCAUAUCGCGAAGGGGGCCGCCAUGGCGGCACUUUCGCCCGCGACGCUACGACGGCGUCGCCACGACGGGCGGCCGGAGCAUGCGGAAGCCAGGAAGCACGUGUUGCGACUGACCAGGUGCACCGCGCGGCCCGGGCAUGUCUUCUUCGGCACCCCCGCUGCGCGUGGCGGUGCUCGGCUCGGGACCGGCGGGCCUGGCGGCGGCCAAGUCGUGCCUCGAGGCCGGCCUCGAGCCCGUCGUGUUCGAGCAGGCGGAAGCCCUGGGCGGGCUGUGGCGCUUCCGACCGGACAGCUCCCCGGGACGGCCGUCGGUGAUGCGCUCGACGGUGAUCAACUCGAGCAAGGAGCUGACGGCGUUCAGCGACUUCCCGCCGCCCGCCCACUUUGCCAACUACAUGCACCACUCGGUGCUGCUCGAGUACCUGCAGAUGUACGCGCGCCACUUCCGGGUCGCCGAGACGAUCCGCUUCGGACACCAAGUGGUGCGCAUCACGCCCGCCCGCGACCACCAGCAGAGCGGCAGGUGGGACGUUACAGUCAAACAUCUGGCCACGGGCAGCGUCACGUGUUCGCCCUUCGACGCCGUCAUGGUGUGCACGGGCCACCACGCCUUUCCGGCGCGACCCGCAACGCUGCGGGGCCUGCAGCGCUUCGGCGGGACCGUGCUGCACAGCCACGCGGUCAAGGACUGCCUGCGCUUCCGAGACCGGCGUCUGCUCGUGCUGGGAGCCGGGAACUCCGCCAUGGACGUCGCCACCGAGGCCAGUCUCUUCGCGCGAAAGGUGUACCUGAGCACCCGCCGCGGCACCUGGGUCCUGCACCGGGUGGCGCCCAACGGGUUGCCCAUGGACACGCUCAUACAGCGCCGCUACUUCCAGCACUUGCCCCUGUGGCUGCUGAACAGGAUGGCGGAGCGCGAGUGCCAGAGGCUGCUCAACCACGAGCUGCUCGGCCUGAAGCCCCGACACCGCCUCUUCCAGCAGCACCCGACCAUCAACGACGCACUGGCCAACCGCGUGCUCAGCGGCACUCUCGUCAUCAAGGGUGACGUCGACGAGUUCACGGAGACGGGCGUCCGCUUCCACGGCGACGCCGAGGACACCAAGGUCGACGACGUCGUGCUCGCCACGGGAUACGACAUCAGGUUUCCCUUCUUGGACGAGUCUUUGCUGCGGAUUGAGGGCAAUCAGCUUCCGCUGUUCAGAUACGUGUUCCCGGCACACCUGGAACAUCCCGAGACCCUGAGCUUCCUAGGCUAUAUCCAGCCACUAGGCGCAAUCAACCCCAUCGCCGAGAUGCAAGCACGCUGGGUCGUCCAGGUUCUUCUGGGCAACGUCCGCCUACCUUCCAAGGAGGAGAUGAUUUCCGACGUGGAGCGUACGGAGACGUCACAACGCUUACGCUACGUGUCAAGCCCACGUCACACCAUCCAGGUGGACUACAUGCCGUACACACGCGACCUGGCUCGCCGCAUCGGCGCCGACCCGAGCCUCGCUAGGGCGCUGCUGCGGCGGCCGGCGCUUUUCUGGGCGUUGCUCGCAGGACCGCAGGUGCCCUACAUGUUCCGGCUGCAAGGGCCGCACUCGUGGCACGGAGCGGCAGAGGCCGUGAUGGGCACGCAGUGGCGCAUCGAGGCACCGAUAAGGACGAGGCGCCAUUCGGCCGUCGAAGACAGCGGCGGCGGCGGAGUCUCUUCACCGCGGUCACUGAACAAGCUCUUGGGCGCCGACAGGAUUGUCGCUCACGCUCUCGAGAUGGCCAUCGUCAUCGUCAGUGUGUGCGUGGUCGUUGUGCCGCUGUUGGUGAACUACCUGUUUGCGGGAUGAGGUACACGUCCCACGCACCACAACUCUUCCUUCGCAAGCACUUCGUGUCACUCGGCGAAGAAUUCUCACAAGAACCAACUCAGGGAGCCUCGGGCAAUCCGUCUGGCUAAUUUGUGUGCAACACCAUAAAGUCCUAGAAGUCAUGUUGGACUUGACUAUUCGUGCGCGGUGUUCGAGGCGUCUAAGUGGCAUGCACGUGUGGGCCUUCCUCCCAGCGCCACAAGAAACGAAGAUCGGUGCUCAACUCGAACCUUCGUUUUCUGUCGCCACAUUGUCAUAAAGAGUUUUCGUGGAAUGUGCAGGCAAUCGAUCCGACCGUCGAAGUCGAAGAAUAAGUGCACGCUUUUACGCGUCGCCAUUGUACGAUAUGCAACGCUAUCUCCACCUAACGAACGUGCCAAACGUUGCGCUUCGUUAUAACGUCAUCUUCGGAUACUUUAGCCGAGGCUACACGCCCUGCAGAACAACCACUUGACAGCUACGGCUAUUUACAAUUACACCCCACCUCACGAGCUGUUUACUCUGCACUGUCCUGCUCGUAUCCUCUUGGAAUUUGUUUGAAUUUUUAUGAUGAAACUAAAUUACAGGAAGCAAUGAGGUUUUCUUUUGUUCUCGAACAAAAAAAAAAAACAUGAGACAGUCAGCCGAUGCACACUCGCGGCCGAAUUCACGAAGCUUUUCGUUCGUAAAAGCUGUUUGCCGAUGGCCGACCCCCGCCUUCGCAAUUGUGUCAAAAACCACGACUGGCUGCCACCUCUUCUAACGACAGUUGUAGCGUGAAAACGUUUUUCGUGAAUACGAGCCGAUGUACUGUGCGCCUUUCAUUUUUCAUCCUAUCCAUCUGGAGUAGCACGCUAGGCAUGCCGCCAGGCAGACAUAUCCGUGAUCCAAUAAAGUGUCUCUCUCUCUUGUCAGUAAAACAAAGAAAAGGUUUGAGCUUUGCAUUUGGAAUUAUAAUGUACGCAUAAAGUGACUGCGCUGACCCUUCAGCGAUAAAUAGUCGUCUGCGUCUCUGUGUCCGCAGCUAAUAGUAUACAAGUUGUUAUCCAUGAAAAGGAUUCCCGAAACGUUUAGCAACCUUUGUAUCUUAUGACGGCUUUGCUGCUCGCAAAGCAUACGUAAUGAGUAAGUACGAAUCUAACUCUAACGGUUCUUUCAUUUUUCUGCAUAGAUCUCAGUCCGCGUUCAGCGAAAAGCGUUACAUAUAUGCUAUACAGGUUGUCCCACGUAACUUGAGCCAUGGCUUCAAAAAAGAAAGGCACACCGGAUGCGAAUUGAAACGAAUGUACAAUGGUGGCAAUAGCCUAAAGUAAAUGAGGCUGAAUUUUUUUAGUUUCGCCAUAAUAAUGACCUAACUACAUUUAAUUCCGCAACUCUUCAAAUUAAUGACUUAAGACCAUAAGUGUGAUACACAAAUUUGAAGGGCACGUUCAGAAACCACCUAAUAAAUUGCCUUCUACGCCAUAUGUCUCGCGUAGUUCUUUUCGCGUGCGAAAGAAAGUCCGAGAAAUGCGAAAGAAGACAACGUGAUUGGCCUUUGCGCAUUGCUAUUGUGCUGCACUAAAGCAGCACAAUAAUGCAGACAAAUUUAAGCACAAUUUAAUGCAGACCAGCAUGAUUUUUUUAGUGCUGGUCAAAUAGCACAGUUCUGUUCGAUACAGUAAAGGAGACACGUAGUCGCGGAACGCUCACGUUGCCAUAUAUGGCUGAGAGGCUUAGGCGGCUGCAGGCCGAUGUCACUUUGCAGCGAGACCAAGGUAGUCGCGCAACACCAGACUGGUUAUAAUACAUUUGAAUAUGCAAGUGAUAACGCUGGAAGUUGUGCCUGGAAAACCAGCACGCUGUUCGUCCGGUGAUGCAAUUCCAAUGAUGCAACCUUUCUACCACGUUAUGCCAUUGAAGAAAGGACUUGAUGUCCUAAAUGCUUGAACGAUUACCCGCACCACGCCAACAUACGGUAUAGGCGUGUGUUAGUACGAGAGCCUAUAUUCAAUCGCAUAAGUUCACGCCUCACUCAAAGGAUUAAGAAUUUCUUCCUAUACCAGACAGCUAGAAAAAUGACGAUGAUGGUGUUGGUUAAAGUUUUAUUCAGGAAACGCUUAUUUUCGUCCUAUGGUAGGAGGCCUCCCUUACUCCAGGAAGCCUUGGCGCCGAGCCGUCCUCUUCGCCCGGUCAACAAGCUUGCGCUGGUCAUCCGGGUGGGACGGUCAGCACGUGCUCCUACUACUCAAUGAACAAAAAUAAACUAUCCAGCAGACUUCAGCGAUUGCAUCGGCUCUCAACUAUGCUGCAUUCUCUCCCAGCGCGUAUCGCAGUUUUAUACGCUUGUUUGCUUGUACCUAAAAUUGCUUGUACCACUAUAUAUGAUGUUGGGAGAGAGAGAGAUACUUUUUGAGAAUAUUGUAUUAAAUGAAAGUAAAGAUAUGUAAAAGUGAAAUAUUUUAAGUAAUAAUUAAGAGAAUAGUAUAACGUUUGUGUUAUUAAAGACAGAAAAUCCUUGUUUAUAAAUCAUGCUGGGAAUUUUUUCUUCUUUGUGAUCCAUGCACACAACUCCGUUUUUGUAUGAUACAGUAUUCAGCCCAAAAGUGCAUGUGCCAUUAAUCUGCGUGAUAUAUGCGAUAUAGUUUACAGCCUCGGUGAAGUCGUUUUGAGGGCACUGGCUGGGGACUAUCAACCUCGGAUGCCGCAUAAUUUCUGUGCAAUGGCUGUCACGAACGAUACGAUGAUGUGCAACUUACCAGAUUUUCACGAAAGAAAGAAUUUUCUUUUCA